AUGAUGAAUAGGGAGGAAGAUGAAUUAAUUUUGGAAAUUAAACAACUCGUUGAAAGAGUGUUUUCUCUGCAAAAUAAGUUAUCAUCGGAUUUGCAGAUACAAAGACAAACGGGAGGAAACACCAAUCGAUUGUACAAGGUUACACUUUCCGACCAUACCAACAUUCUCGUACGAAUUAAUGGCUUGGAAACAGAGAGGCUUAUCGACCGAAAAAAGGAAUUACAUCACAUGAUCGAGUUGGGAAAGAGAGGAGUAGGCUCUCGUGUCUAUGCUGUAUUUCAAAAUGGAUUUAUUUAUGAAUAUGUUGAAGGAAAAUGUUUGCAGAAUGCACAGGAUGCCACACUGUAUUGCAAGGAGAUUGCUCACAAGUUAGCCGAGUGGCACAAAUUGAAAAUUCAAGACCACUACACCAACUCUCAAAUUUCACCUUCAUUAUUCACAUGUUUGAGGAAAUGGGUUGAACUUGUAAAGAAUAUGGAAUGGAAAGAUGAAAAAGUUAUGCGAAAAUUUGAGAAAGAAAUUGAUUUUCAAAGAAUUUGCAAUGAUGUAGAAGAAAUUGCCAAUUCAGCUUCGUUUGGCAUGAAAAAAGGUCACGACAGUUCGCAGCAACAACUUGCAGAUCCAACCAAUCUAGAUCAAGUGAUCGACCCUUUUACCAUUGGAUUUUGUCACAACGACCUGGUAAUUUUAAACAUUAUUGCGAGAGAAGAUGCGAUUGACACAAAAGUGCAAUUCAUAGAUUGUGAAUAUUGUGGAUACAACUACAGAGGUUUUGACAUUGGAAAUCACUUUAACGAAUAUUGUGGUUUUCAAAUGGACGAAAGUCUAUUUCCAUCUCAACAAAUUCAAGAAACAUUUGUCUAUGAAUAUUUGAAAUCUUUCGUUGACACUGCCCACAGUCAUGAAAUUACUCAACACCAUGUGAAACAAUUUCUCAAAUCCAUACCACUCUUCUGCAAAUUGUCACAUUUGUUUUGGGGUCUGUGGGCAAUCGUUCAGAGCAAUGUGUCAAAUUUAGAAUUUGACUUUCUCUCCUAUGCAAAGGGAAGACUAGAGUGGUACAAAAGAAUGGACUAA